AUGAUGAUGAGCUUUGACUUUGCUUUAGACAUGUCUUUUCCGUCUUCAGAUGUACUUGUAGGAUUUGAUCUCCACAACGUUAUCAGGGACUCCGUUCCUUACACUGAAAAUGCCAAGUGUAAAACUGUUAAAUUUUUGAAUGUAGUAGUUGCUCUGAAACGUCAAGGACAAACUCUCUAUGUUUUUGGCGCAUAA